AUGCAUAUUUCAGCACCCACUCUAUCAACCUUUCCCCAAGAGCUUAUUUCAGAGAUAUGUGGGUAUCUCGCGGACCCCCAAGACCGCCUGAACCUGGUCUGCUGCUCGCGACGCUUCCAGAAAAUAUUCCUGCCCCUGCUCUACCGAAACCUCCAGAGCGGCGGAGAGCUGCGCCGCCCCAUCACCCAGCUAGUCAGCACGCUGGCCACGAAACCAGCUCUCGCGGCAUGUGUGCAGACACUGCAUCUCUCCCCCUGGGAGACGUACCUGGGGUACAACUCCGUGGUUGAGGACGCACUCCCCCUCUGGAAAGAAGGGCUCCGCAUCCACAGCGAAGACGAGCAAGACGAUGACUCGGAGGACUCAGAGGACUCGGACGACUACAACGUCCAUCUAAAAACAUUCGAUUUCGGUCCCCUACACGACCACGCGAAACGCGCAACCCGUACUGACGACGAAGCCUCUUUCUGGAUGAGCGAAAUCAAAAAGGGCAACGCAGACGCAUGGAUCGCCCUGCUUCUGACCCUAUUGCCGGGCCUCCGCCGCCUCGACGCGGAAUUCCCCCACGGCUCGAUCUGGCCUCACACCGUGCUGAGGUGGGCGGUAACGGGAUGCCUUGGCUCAACCCCGGCGUUUUCGGCACUCUCGGAGGUUUAUGUGGACUGGGAUAGUGAGGGGACUAGCGUCUGCGCGAAGCACCUCAUGCCGUUUUUCCUGGUGCCGUCGCUGCGCAAGCUCCACGCGAGGAAUCUUCAAGGCGGGUCGUGGUAUGGGUUUGACGCGAUCUCACGCACAAAGGAGAUCAGCGGGACGUCGUAUGUCGCGCAUAUCGAGCUUGAUGGGUGCGAUGGGGAUGUCGGGUUGUCUCAGUUGGUGGGCGCCUGUGAGGAUCUCCGGUCUUUCAAGUACAGCCACCGCAGCUGCGAGGGAUUCGAUCCACGGGGUUUGUAUGAAAUUCUUCUCCCGUUUCAGAGGACUAUGGAGACUAUCUGGAUUGAUAUCCAGGAGGCCUGUCCUGAGCAUGAGGACGAGCACCGCUGCGAUGAGGUGCUCCCUUCGUUUAGAAACUUUACGGCGCUGAAAACACUCCAUCUGCGGUUGAAGAACAUGUCAGUCAUUGCGCCCUCGUCUGAAGGCCUUUCGGGGACGUCGUUCGCCCAGGCGCUUCCACGUUCAAUUAAGAUGCUGCAAGUUGUCGACACGGGUGACUUGGGCGAACUCCAGAUCUUUGCACAGAAGCUACAGGAUCAUGUAGAUCAUGACUUGGAUCAGACACCCGCGCUGACACGGAUCGACUUUAAACCAUUCGACGGCUUGCCAGAGAGGUCGAAAUUGAUAGAGAGAAUGGUCAGGGCCUGCAAGAAAAACAAUAUCGAGCUCCAUGUCUGUGAUGUGACUGAAGACCCAAGGAUGUGGGGUGCUGCAGGAUUUACACCUCGUUUGUGA